CCGAGAGGAUCGUCCCUAGCGUGGCUUUGCAUUCCCGGUCACUUUUUGAGGUUUUUUUCCGGGAGCUCUGGCAGCUUCCCGGAUUCCUGCGGGACCAGUCGCCGAGUGUGUGUUGGGGGCCGUGUGGCGGGCGAGCCGAGAAAGCCUCCAGGCUUAGCGGAGCCUCGCUCGGAAGCAAGAACUUAUUCAACAAGUUUACCCCCCCUGCCUUUCUCUUUUCGAUGUGCGUUUUCGGACAUGCGGAGGUUACUGGAACCGUGUUGGUGGAUUUUGUUCCUGAAAGUCACCAGUUCUGUGCUCCAUUAUGUGGUGUGCUUCCCGGCAUUGACUGAAGGCUACGUGGGAACCCUGCAGGAGAGCAGACAGGGCAGCUCAGUGCAGAUCCGCAGGAGAAAGGCUUCCGGAGACCCCUACUGGGCCUACUCUGGUGCCUAUGGUCCUGAGCACUGGGUCACAUCUAGCGUCAGCUGCGGAGGCAGCCAUCAGUCUCCUAUAGACAUUUUAGACCACCAUGCUCGUGUUGGAGAAGAAUACCAGGAGCUUCAACUUGAUGGAUUCGACAACGAGUCCUCUAACAAAACCUGGAUGAAAAAUACAGGGAAAACAGUUGCCAUCCUGCUGAAAGACGAUUAUUUUGUGAGUGGUGCUGGACUGCCUGGCAGAUUCAAAGCCGAGAAGGUGGAGUUCCACUGGGGCCACAGCAACGGCUCGGCUGGCUCAGAGCACAGCGUCAAUGGCCGGAGGUUUCCUGUGGAGAUGCAGAUUUUCUUUUACAACCCAGACGACUUUGACAGCUUUCAAACGGCAAUUUCCGAGAACAGAAUAAUUGGGGCUAUGGCCAUAUUUUUCCAAGUCAGUCCGAGGGACAAUUCUGCACUGGAUCCUAUUAUCCACGGGUUGAAGGGCGUCGUACAUCAUGAGAAGGAGACCUUCCUGGAUCCUUUCGUCCUCCGAGACCUCCUGCCCGCAUCCCUGGGGAGCUACUACCGAUACACGGGCUCCUUGACCACUCCUCCAUGUAGUGAAAUUGUGGAGUGGAUUGUCUUCCGGAGGCCCGUUCCCAUCUCCUACCACCAGCUUGAGGCUUUUUAUUCUAUCUUCACCACGGAGCAGCAGGACCACGUCAAGUCAGUGGAGUACCUGAGAAAUAACUUCCGACCACAGCAGGCUCUGAAUGACAGAGUGGUGUCAAAGUCUGCUGUCCGGGAUGCCUGGAACCACGACCUGGCAGACUUCUUGGACAACCCACUAGGGACAGAAGCCUCUAAAGUUUGCAGCUCUCCACCCAUCCACAUGAAGGUGCAGCCUCUGAACCAGACAGCCCUGCAGGUGUCCUGGAGCCAGCCGGAAACCAUCUACCACCCGCCCAUCAUGAAUUACAUGAUCUCCUAUAGCUGGACCAAGAAUGAGGAUGAGAAGGAGAAGACGUUUACAAAAGACAGUGACAAGGACUUGAAAGCCACCAUCAGCCACGUCUCACCCGAUAGCCUUUACCUGUUCCGCGUACAGGCCGUGUGUCGGAACGACAUGCGCAGUGACUUCAGCCAGACGAUGCUUUUCCAAGCUAACACUACCCGGAUAUUCCAAGGGACCAGGAUUGUGAAAACAGGAGUGCCGACAGCCUCUCCUGCCUCUUCAGCAGACAUGGCCCCCAUCAGCUCCGGCUCUUCUACCUGGACAUCCUCCGGCAUCCCCUUCUCAUUUGUUUCCAUGGCAACUGGGAUGGGCCCUUCCUCCAGUGGCAGCCAAGCUACAGUGGCCUCUGUGGUCACCAGCACGCUGUUGGCGGGCCUAGGCUUCGGUGGUGGUGGCAUAUCCUCCUUCCCCAGUACCGUGUGGCCCACACGCCUUCCCACUGCUUCUGCAGCCAGCAAGCAGGCAGGGAGGCCAGUUCUUGCCACCACCGAGGCCUUAGCUUCCCCUGGGCCGGAUGGUGACUCGGCGCCUACCAAGGACGGUGAGGGUGCAGAGGAGGGGGAGAAGGAGGAGAAGAGCGAGAGUGAGGAUGGUGAGCGGGAGCAGGAGGAGGAGGAAAAGGACUCCGAGAAGAAGGAGAAGAGUGAGGCUACUCACACAGCCGCAGAGAGCGACCGGACUGCACCUGCCCCCACCCCCUCUUCCCCUCACAGGACUGCACAGGAGGGAGGACAUCAGACUAUACCUGGGCACAGGCAGGACCACUCUGCCCCUGUCACAGACCAGCCGGGCCAUGUUGACCCAGGCUUGGAUCCCCUUGUGGACACAGCCACCCAAGUGCCCCCAACAGCCACAGAGGAACAUUAUUCAGGGAGUGAUCCCAAGAGGCCUGAAAUGCCAUCUAAAAAGCCUAUAUCCCGAGGGGACCGAUUUUCCGAGGAUAGCAAAUUCAUCACUGUUAACCCAGCUGAGAAGAACACCUCUGGAAUGAUAAGCCGCCCCUCCCCUGGGAGGAUGGAGUGGAUCAUCCCCCUGAUUGUGGUCUCAGCCUUGACCUUCGUGUGCCUCGUCCUCCUCAUUGCCGUGCUCGUGUACUGGAGAGGGUGUAACAAAAUAAAGUCCAAGGGCUUUCCCCGACGGUCCCGUGAAGUGCCUUCUUCUGGGGAGAGAGGAGAGAAGGGGAGCAGAAAAUGUUUUCAGACUGCUCAUUUCUAUGUGGAAGACAGCAGUUCACCUCGGGUGGUCCCCAAUGAAAGUAUUCCUAUUAUUCCCAUCCCGGAUGACAUGGAAGCCAUCCCUGUCAAACAGUUUGGCAAACACAUCGGUGAGCUCUACUCCAAUAGCCAGCAUGGGUUCUCGGGAGAUUUUGAGGAAGUCCAGCGAUGUACAGCUGAUAUGAAUAUCACUGCAGAACAUUCCAAUCAUCCAGAUAACAAGCACAAAAACAGAUACAUCAACAUUUUAGCAUAUGAUCACAGUAGGGUGAAGUUGAGACCUUUACCAGGAAAAGACUCAAAGCACAGCGACUACAUUAAUGCCAACUACGUCGAUGGUUACAACAAAGCGAAAGCCUACAUCGCCACCCAGGGACCUUUAAAGUCCACCUUUGAAGAUUUCUGGAGGAUGAUUUGGGAACAAAACACAGGAAUCAUCAUCAUGAUCACGAACCUUGUGGAGAAAGGACGGAGAAAGUGUGAUCAGUACUGGCCAACGGAGAACACUGAGGAGUACGGGAACAUUAUUGUCACACUGAAGAGCACAAAAGUACAUGCCUGCUACACCGUUCGUCGCUUUUCAGUCAGAAAUACAAAAGUGAAAAAGGGCCAGAAGGGAAACCCCAAGGGUCGUCAGAAUGAGAGGACGGUGAUCCAGUAUCACUACACACAGUGGCCUGACAUGGGAGUUCCUGAGUAUGCCCUCCCAGUCCUGACCUUUGUGAGAAGGUCAUCGGCAGCCCGGAUGCCAGACAUGGGCCCCGUGUUGGUGCACUGCAGCGCUGGUGUGGGCAGGACAGGCACCUACAUUGUCAUAGACAGCAUGUUGCAACAGAUCAAAGACAAAAGCACAGUUAACGUUCUGGGGUUCCUGAAGCAUAUCAGGACACAGCGGAACUACCUCGUCCAGACUGAGGAGCAGUACAUUUUCAUCCACGAUGCCUUGUUGGAAGCCAUUCUCGGGAAGGAAACUGAAGUAUCCUCAAGUCAGCUACAUAGCUAUGUCAACAGCAUCCUCAUACCAGGAGUGGGAGGAAAGACACGGCUGGAAAAGCAGUUCAAGCUGAUCACACAGUGUAACGCAAAGUAUGUGGAAUGCUUCAGCGCCCAGAAGGAGUGCAACAAAGAGAAGAACAGGAACUCUUCUGUCGUGCCAGCUGAGCGCGCUCGAGUGGGACUCGCACCGUUGCCCGGGAUGAAAGGAACAGAUUACAUUAAUGCUUCUUACAUCAUGGGCUAUUACAGAAGCAAUGAGUUCAUUAUUACCCAGCAUCCUCUGCCACACACUACGAAAGACUUCUGGAGAAUGAUUUGGGAUCAUAAUGCGCAGAUCAUUGUCAUGCUGCCAGACAACCAGAGCCUGGCAGAAGAUGAGUUUGUGUACUGGCCGAGUCGUGAAGAAUCUAUGAACUGCGAGGCCUUUACUGUCACACUCAUCAGCAAAGACAGGCUGUGCCUCUCCAAUGAAGAACAGAUUAUCAUCCAUGACUUCAUCCUUGAAGCUACACAGGAUGACUAUGUACUAGAAGUUCGACACUUUCAGUGUCCCAAAUGGCCUAACCCAGAUGCCCCCAUAAGCAGUACCUUUGAACUGAUCAACGUCAUCAAGGAAGAGGCCUUAGCACGGGAUGGCCCCACCAUUGUUCAUGAUGAGUAUGGAGCAGUUUCUGCAGGAAUGCUGUGUGCCCUUACCACCUUGUCCCAGCAGCUAGAGAAUGAAAACGCUGUGGAUGUGUUCCAGGUGGCAAAAAUGAUCAACCUUAUGAGACCUGGAGUAUUCACAGACAUUGAACAAUACCAGUUUGUCUACAAAGCAAUGCUCAGCUUGGUCAGCACUAAAGAAAAUGGAAACGGUCCCAUGACAGGGGACAAAAAUGGUGCUGUGCUAACUGCAGAGGAGUCGGACCCUGCAGAGAGCAUGGAGUCUCUGGUGUGACUGGACCCCGGAAAGGGCACUUCCUUUGUAAACUUCUGAGACUUGUAAAGACAGAACUUUUUUGAGGCCUUUUUUGCCAGACUCUAGGUUAUACAAUAACCCAGUUACUUUUUUACACUGAUAAAACUUUUGAUAUUUAUUUUUUGCCAUUUUCUGUCUUAAUGGUAUCCUACUGAGCAUUUGCGCCUGUUCAUUUCACACAGUGAAACGCAACUUUACCUAGUUUGCACUAUAUGAUCAGUGUUACUGCCUAUAAUCUAAUACUACAGAAACCCUGAUGUGACAUUCCAUGACCACAUCCAUGCUAUUUUUUUUUUCAGUUCCGUGCAGUGAAAGUCUUUGUUCUGACAGUGAAUCUCAGUUUUAUUAUUAUUCUCAAGCAACUGCAAUUUCCUAGCAGGCAGCACUGUACUUUUCUCGGUCCCCUCUGUUUUCUAGGCACUGUUCGAUAAUUACGCCUUCUGUUUCAAUGGAGUGGAUGGGCAUCGUCUCCUUUUGCAGGACAGCAGGUUACUGGGAGCUCUUAAGGUCUGUCAACAUCAGUUCCAUUUGUAAUGACUAAAGAAUCCACUGAGAAGUUAAGAGGGCUCAAGAGUUACUUCAUGUGAACAUCUCCUAUUAGUUACCAAGUUAUAUUCACAGUUGAAAUGUGUCAAAAUAAAGAAUCAUUCUGUAUUACAGAUUUCACAGUA